AUAGCCAAACCCCUGAUCUCUCCAUUUUAGACAGGGAAGCUAACAAUGAAGGGAUAAAUUGAAGAGAGAGAGAGACUACAGAGUAACAACUAACAAAUUUACACUCUGAGAUUUCACUAGGUUCAGAAUUUUUUUUUUCUUUUUCCUACUGCUAUGGCUCUCAAUCUGCGUCAAAAACAAGCGGAAUGUAUAAUCCGGAUGCUAAAUCUGAACCAACCUUUGAAUGCAACUGGUACUGCUAAUGAAGAGGUUUACAAGAUCUUGAUCUAUGAUAAAUUUUGUCAAAAUAUAUUAUCUCCAUUGAUUCAUGUCAAGGAUCUGAGAAAACAUGGGGUUACUCUUUAUUUCCUUAUUGACAAGGAUCGAAAGCCUGUCCAUGAUGUCCCUGCUGUGUACUUUGUUCAACCAAGUCAAGUUAAUGUUCAGAGGAUUGUUGCUGAUGCGUCACGCUCGCUUUAUGAUAGCUUGCACCUUAAUUUUUCAUCAUCUAUUCCUCGUCCGCUUCUUGAGGAUCUUGCAUCAGGGACAUUGAAUUCGGAGUCCAUAGAUAAGAUUUUGAAGGUGCAUGACCAGUAUUUGGAGUUUGUGACUUUGGAGCAUAACUUGUUUUCGUUGGCGCAGAAGUUUUGUUAUGUUCAGUUGAAUGAUCCAUCUGCUGGUGAUAGAGAGAUUGAGGAGAUUGUUGAGAAGGUUGCUAGUGGGUUAUUUUGUGUGUUGGCAACACUCGCUGUUGUGCCAGUUAUUAGGUGUCCAAGUGGAGGGCCAGCAGAGAUGGUGGCGUCGGUGUUAGAUCAGAAGUUGAGAGAUCAUUUAUUGUCAAAGAACAAUUUGUUUACAGAAGGUGGGGGUUUUGCGAGCUCAUUUCAGAGGCCAGUUUUGUGUAUAUUUGAUCGACAUUUUGAAUUGUCAGUUGGAAUACAACAUGAUUUUAGGUAUCUUCCUCUUGUUCAUGAUGUUCUUGGCUUGAGGCUUAACAGGUUGAGUGUGCCAGGGGAAAAGGGUGGGAUGAGGUCAUAUGAAUUGGAUAGUUCUGAUCCAUUUUGGGUGGCAAAUGGGUCCCUGGAGUUUCCUGAAGUUGCAGUGGAAAUUGAGACUCAAUUGAACAAGUAUAAGAAGGAUGUUGAUGAGGUUAAUAGGAGGACUGGAGGAACUGAUGGGGCUGAGUUUGAUGGGACGGACUUGAUUGGGAACACCAAGCAUUUGAUGAAUGCUGUGAACUCUCUGCCUGAAUUGACAGAGCGGAAGCAGGUGAUUGAUAAGCACACAAACAUUGCAACUGUUUUGUUGGGUGAGAUCAAGGAGAGGUCUCUUGAUUCCUAUGCGAAAAAAGAGAAUGACAUGAUGGUCAGAGGAGGGAUUGAUCGGAAUGAACUUUUGGGUGUGCUUAGAGGGAAAGGAACCAAGAUGGAUAAGCUCAGAUUUGCAAUCAUUUACCUUAUAUGUUCUGAAAGUAUUAAUCCGUCAGAAGUGGAAGCCAUUGAAACUUCUCUAAGGGAGUCUGAGGUUGAUACUUGUGCAUUCCAGUAUGUGAAGAAAAUGAAGUCCUUAAAUGUGUCAUUGGCAUCAUCAAAUUCUGCCAGUCGAAGUAACAUUGUUGAUUGGGCUGAAAAACUUUAUGGGCAGUCAAUUAGCGCUGUGACAGCUGGUGUGAAGAAUUUAUUAUCUAGUGAUAGGCAGCUGGCAUUAACGAGGAUUGUGGAAGCUUUGAUGGAGGGGAGGCCAAAUCCUGAUGUGGAUUCUUACCUUGUGUUUGAUCCUCGAGCUCCCAAGUCAGGCUCUGGGACCAGUGGCAGCCAUCUGAAAGGGCCAUUUAAAGAAGCUAUAGUGUUUAUGAUCGGUGGUGGUAAUUAUAUGGAGUAUGCAAGCUUACAAGAAUUUGCACAGCGUCAGCAGCCUGUCAAGCAUGUUAUAUAUGGAACAACAGAAAUCCUCACUGGAAUUGAGUUCGUUGAGCAGCUUACAGUGUUGGGGCAGAAGAUGGGAUUGGGUAGUACUGUGGCUUCUCCUGCUCCAACCCUCUAGUUCAGGUAUUUUUGUAUAUGCAUUUUAAGGCCAGCUGUUUCAUGGUUGAUGCGUGAAAAGAAGGAGCUACGAAUGUUGAUUCAGCAUAAAUGGAUUGUUGGCAGAAAAGGUUUUGAAGCUGGUUAAUAGCUGAGAAUUAGGUUUUCUUAUUUCUUGGGUAUAAAUAUGGAGGCUUUUUCAAAUAUUUCAUUUCAUUUCUUCUUUCGCUAGUAUGAUUGCUAGAGAAUUAUUUGUUAGUUUUAAUCCGUACAUUGCAUGCAUGAACGUUCAAUUAUUUCAACAUUUGUUAGAUGAAGAAUUGAGUGCUUGAUAAUUGCGUGUGUAGGCGAUCUAUCAGGAUGCCUAUGGUUUUGCCGUCCUUGUCUUUUAAUCCAACCUUCCUUUUUAUCU